UGAACACCUGUCCGAACUAGGCGCAGCACAAGGGCAGAAGCAGACAUGGCAGCUCGCCCAGAAUCUUAGCUCCAACCCCGAACGCGGGCCGGCAAAACGUGUCAAGAUUAAACCGACGGCGCGCUUUCUCUCAAGCGCUCCCCCGGUUCCUUUCACUUGUCCGUACCGCAUAGCUCCUACAUCCACUCCUGGUUCUUGAUUUGGCUUAUAGCCGAUACAUCCCCGCUGGUAGGAAGAUAUUUCGCCGCUGGUUUGGGAAAAGCUCCUCGCAUCUCCAAACCAGCCAGGCGAUUAACUUCAUGAUGAGGUGCCACCCGCCAUUUCUUGCUUUGCUCGCCACGUGGAUCGUCGCUGGCGUGGCGGCGACGGGGCGGUUUCCUGGAAACAUCCAUACUUCCUCAGAAUCGUUGACCCAACGCGCGUUAUCUACGCAAUCACUUGCAGAGGAUCCGGUCCACGACAGUCCCGUAAAUUACGCCGUGGAUGGCGCCGAGGGUUUCGCUGACCUUUUAAACGCCGACGAUACUCCUGUAGAAGUCGAGAACCUAGCGGCGCGACUGACGGCGUACGGGUUCACGGGCUUCGCGCAUUUGGUUAGAGAGUCGGGUCUUCUAGAAGAUCUUCCUCGGCUGCACGAUUCAUCCCCGUUAACAGUCUUCGCGCCUUCUAACGAAGCGCUCCUCUCGCUGUCCCCUGCCGCGCUUGCCAGUCUACAGUCCUUCGAUAACCACGAGACAUUACGCAGAAUUCUCAUGUUUCACUUUAUCCCCGUUAAGCUGUCUCCGUUUGAGUGGAAUGGUUCGGAGGAGACCCUUCUGGGUACACCCGUGGAGCUGCGAAUGGGAUCAGAUAGUUUCUUCGUCGCCAAUGUGGCUGUAUCGAAAGCGAACGCGAUUAAAACGAACAAGUACGACGUUCAUACGAUAUCGAGCCUUCUUCUCCCGCCGACGACUAUGGUUAGUAGCAGCCGAGGCGGGGAGAGAGGUUCGGCAGUUGCCGAGCCUGCUGAGAGGAAAAGCGCGCCGGUUCUCUCGCGGCACGGCGUUCGGCGGGACACGUUUCGAGAUCCUGCCGUUGACAGUCCGCAAGCGGUUGUCCACAAUUCGCGGCGUGUUCCUUUUGCGGAUGGCGGUUCGGGAGGUUCGGGCGGUUUGGGCGGUUUCAAACGGAACGACUGGCGGGGGAGCAAAAGCUUCGAGCCAUCUGAGGGUGGGAGCGAGAAGUACGAGGGCGCGCUGGAAGAUGACGUGGCGGACGUGGCUCCACGGGGGAAAGCGCCGACAGCGGAUAGGGGGAGCGGGGGAGGCGGCGGGGAGGGCGGGGGAGGUGCUGGGGCAGGUGGCGGAGCGGGAGGGGGAGCGGAAGGGGGCGAUGCAGCGCGGCGGUCGGCGCUACUGGAGCAGAUGCUGUCCGCCAAUCUGCACCCCUCCGCCUUCGCGCAGGCCUCUGAGUCCCCCCCUGAACCCCCAGUCGAACCGUCCGCUUCGCCCCCCAGCCCCCCACCCCCACGCCUUCCCCCCCGCCUGCUGUGCCUAACACGCCGAACGCGCAAGCAGCCACGCUGUCGACGGGGGCCAUCAUCGGCAUUGCUGUGGGCGGCAUUGCGCUCCUGUGCGCCACUGUCGCAGGCGUUCUCGCCGUCUUCCUGUGCCUCGUUAGGAAGCGACCGAAAGCUGAGGAGGCCCCUCCAAGCACCAAAUACGCCAACCCCUACUACGACCACGAGUCAGCAGCAGCCGCUGCAGCAGCAGCAGCAGGCGCCAUGGCCGCCGCAGGAGCAGGAGCAGGGUCAGGCAACCAGAUCCAGCCGAUGAUCGUGGGCGGGUCGUCAGGCACGCCCCUGAUGUGCCAGCAAUACCCCCUGCCGCUGAUCAAGCAGGUCACGGAGGACUUCUCCGAGACGCGCAGGAUUGGCAGCGGCGGGUACUCGGACGUGUACCGCGCCUUGGACCCCAUGGACCCCACGAUCCCGUGGGCGGUGAAGCGGGCCAAGGUGCUCACGAAUGACUUCAAAAGAGAGAUCCACGAGAUGGCGUCGAAGCACCACCCGAACCUGGUGCGGCUGCUGGGGUUCUGUCUGGACAUGGAUGUGGUGAACGAGCGCACGGAGCAGAUCCUCAUCUACGAGUACAUGGUCAACGGGGACCUUGAGAAGUGGGUCGGGCCAGAGGCGCCCAAGUGCCUGACCCUGUCGCAGCGCUUCAACAUCCUGAUCGGCGCGGCGCAUGGGUUGGAGUACCUGCACAGCUUUGGCAUCGUGCAUCGUGACAUCAAGCUGGCCAACAUCCUGCUGGACCGCCACAUGCACGCCAAGGUGGCGGACUUCGGCCUCGUGCGCAUGGGCGAGGGCACCUCCGUCGGCACCACCAGAAUUCUUGGGACUCCGGGCUAUGUCGACCCGGCGUAUUCGCGCACUAGAAGGGCCACCACGGCAACUGAUGUCUACAGCUUUGGCGUUGUGUUACUGGAGGUCAUGACUGGGCAACGAGCAAUGAUUGGCUCGGGCGAGCAGCAAGUCAGCAUAAAGGACUGGGCGGAUCACCACGUGCUAGCUCGCGAUGCCAACAGUCUCAAGGACACCCGACUCAACAUCCCCAUACCCGACGACCUCAUGCUACGCAUCGCUAAAUUCGCCUUGACAUGCACUUCCAUCCCCACCGCCAAUCGCCCGACUAUGAGCCAGAUAUACACGGAACUAAAGAAUAUGAAGCAGGAGUGUUUUGGGGUUGAGGAAAACGUGGCAGCUAAUAAGGUGGAUGCGGAAAUAUCGAGUGCUGCAGGAGAAGCGGCUAUUCCUCUUGACGAGCAGAUUGCUCAAAUUGACGAGCUUGCAUCAGAUGCUUUUAGCAUGGGUGGGUGGAGGUCAAAUCCAUCAAGGUCAGGAGGGACUAGUGGUACUUAGAAAUAGGUUGCUUUCCUGGUACAUGGUUUGAAAUAGCAAGUACGAGUAAGGUGUAGGGUGCCUUUUCCCCUUUCCAGAAGGUACUGCUAUAACUGUAGGUGUAGGUCAGCACAGCAACAUCGAAUAGAACGACCAUACACAUUAUUUGUGUGCCCAGACCUAAAAAAAUCCAUUAUAGUUGGAGCACCAAAAGAGGUCAUGC